GCGGGCGCGGCUACAGCUGGGCUCGGGUGCUCCGUGGUCACCGCGCUCCGGGGUCCCCCGCGCUCCGAGACCCGGGGUCACCGCGCUCCGAGGACCCCCGCGCUCCGGGGAGCCCCGCGCUCCGGGCCCGGGGUCACCGCGCUCCGAGACCCGAGGUCCCCGGCGCUCCGACGGCUCCCGCCUCCGGAGGUUCCCCGCGCUCGGAGCGCUCCCGAAGCUCGAGGUCCCGCCCCCACCAUGUGGCUGAGGUGUCCCGGAGUGCUCCUGCUGCUGCUCGGCACCCUGCAAGCCACAGACACUCAAGAGCAAGAAGUCAAGGCGCUCGUGGGCAGCAGUGUCGAGCUCCGCUGCGUUUUCCCCGAAAGACACACGUUCGACUUAGAUGACCUUUAUGUGUAUUGGCAAAUCAGCGUCGUGGGCCAGCCCAAGACCGUCACUUACUACCUGUCCGGGAACAGCUCCACCGGCCAGGAGGACGACCGCUACAGGGACAGGGCCCGGCUGUCGCCCGAGAGCAUGCAGCGGGGCGACUUCUCUCUGCACCUGUACAACAUCACCCCCUACGACGAACAGAAGUUCAACUGCCUGGUGUUUAGGAAGUCCUUGGAGUUAAAAAAGAUUUUGGAUGUGGAGGUGACGCUGCACGUCGCAGCGAACUACAGCAUGCCCGUGGUCAGCGCCCCAAGCGACCCGUCCAAGGACCGGGAGCUCACCUUCACCUGCACGUCUGUGAACGGCUAUCCGCGGCCCAACGUGUACUGGAUCAACAAGACGGACAACAGCGUGCUGGACGGGGGCCUGCAGAACCACACAGUCUCGGUGAACGCCCAGGGCUUGUACGACGUGGUCAGCGUCCUGCGGGUCCCCUGGGCCCCCAGCAUCAACGUCGGCUGCUGCAUAGAGAAUGUACUGUUGCACCAAAACCUGACCAACAGACCGGCAGAACCGAUCCCUGGAACCGAGCCCGGCAACACAGGGAGCCACAGGGACGUCCACAGGAGGGAUCACGGGGCGGUGCUGAGCGCCGUGGCCGUGCUGCUCGUGCUCGCGCUCGUGCUCGGGGCCGUGGGCUGUGUGUGCAGGAGCAGGUGCCCCCGCACGGACCCGUGCAGGUGGCGGGCUGCCAGGCCGGAGCAGGCCCUCUUCGACUGCGUUUGAAGAGAACUCGCCGCCUGGGACGCGGACAGGGCUUCUGCGAGAUGCCACCAGGAGGGACAGCGGACGGCAGCUUGAGAAUUGACCCGGGCAGGCCUGGUGGCCAAGGGGGACCGGCUGCUCCCGUUGGCGCCGUUAAGAAGGGGGCUUCGUGGCCGCGGGACCUCUCCGACCUGGAAGGGACGCGCAGGAUCGUGCUGGAUGCCAGGGCGAGUGUCCCGGCUGCUGCCCCCAUCCUGGGAUGAGGACCUUCCGACAGGCUCGGCGGCUCCAGAACACGCAGCCCCCACGGGAGCGGGCUCCCCACCCCGGCGCUUCGUGGUGGCUCCUGACUCCACGGCCUCCUCGAUGUCGGAAACCCCCGGGGGCUCCGGGGACGGGGUUUUCUGAGACCAGAGGAGGGCGUCUCAUUUUGGGAAGAAGAGAGCGGGUGCCUGGUCUCUUCCUCACCUUCCCUGCUGGGUGAAGGUCACCCAGGGGUGUCUGUGGGACACGUAGAUGCGGGGGCCCCACCCUGCCUGCACCCCAGGAUGCAGGACCUGUGUGUCUGCGCGCGUGUGUGUCCAGGACGCAGUCAACGCUGCCAAGCCCCUCCCCGAAGGACGCCUGGGAGCCUGGGAGCCUCUGACAUCUUCACUGGGAAGAGAACCCGACCUUGCUCUGGUCAGAAGCUGGGUUUCCCUCCCUAAAGACACACGGGGCUUUCUCGCGAAGGCAGUCUGCUGCGGCGGCCACCCUGGCAGGAGCAGCGGCCUCCGGGGGACACCCGGGGACAAAGCAGAAAGUCAGAAACUCGCUCAGGUGGGAUGGGGAACGCGGGCUUCACCAGGUGGCCGGCGAGGGCCCUCGGGGCACCACGUCACGUGCGGCGGGGCCUUGUCCUGGCAGAGGGGCAGCUACUCAGCAUGUGGCGCUAACUCCGUGCCACCCUCUGCACCCGUCACCAUCGGGGCCCCAGAACCUGCAAGGUCACCACGAAGCCUCCGACGUCAACUCCAGGCUCCUCGGAGUGCCCUGGGCCUGGCAGGCGGAUAGGCGGUGGGCAGCACCCAAGGCCACGGCCCUGAUGGUUCCCCCGAAUGAAUGUAGCAGCUAAUGUCUCCAGAAGGUUCUGCAAAGGAGGCCGGCGGGUAACGCAGGCGUGCACAGCCCCUGGGAAAUGCAGCCUGUCGCCCUGCCUGCGGUCACUCGGCACGGAUGGGCGGGCAUAAGAGGCCUGCACGCCCCAGACCGCGACAAUCCCCGGCACCGGGCUCGGUGGUGAAGCUGAGCCCAAGCCUUGUUACAAAAAAGGAUCCAUUGUGUAUUUUUGUACCCAGAACGCCUCGCCCGGCUCUGGCACGAGAGUGGUGAGGACGGCACCCGGACUUCACGUGAAGCAUUAGAAGGGCGCGUCCCUGCAGAGGGACGGGGAGGCCACGGCUUCGGAGCAGGCAGCAGGUGGCCGCUGGGCUGCAGGAGGGGGCGCGGGCCCGUCUGCGGCCUCGGGCUCGGGGUCCCGACCAGCCUGUGGCCCUCCCGUCCGCGGCAGACCUCGCUGGGCGCCCUCCCAGGGUCUGGCUCGGGGUCUCCCCGUGAGCGGACCCCGCCCUGGAGGACGCUCCCAGCCGCUCUCCCACUGCUGCCCGGACCCUUGGGUGUGGGAAGACGCACGGUGGCCCCGCACCCUCUGGCCUGACGUCACUGCGCUUGUGCUGUGCUCUGCACAGGCCGGAGGCCCCUGUUUCCAUGUGUUUCUGGAAACCUGAUUUACAAGAAUACAAGGUGGAAGUGGU